UGAGAUCCGGGUUCAGUCCUGCCUGACACUGGAGAAUUAACAGCAUUCAGAGGCUGAGGCUCUGCCUGUGUUGAAGGGGCAGAUGACUGGCAGUGGUUAGAAAGAUACACUGAAUCUAGAGUUCAUUCUGCUCAGAGGAAUUAUAUCCUCUGUGUUGUGGUCUAGUGCAAGAGUGGCUCUAACCUAAACCCAAGAUUUGCUCUAAAGUUUGUGUUAAGAGUAUCAGACUUGCCUUGAGGAUCAGAUGCUUAGAGUUAAAUGUAAAGUAGGAUGUCAACUUCUCAGUCUCUUAACAGCCAAUCGAGUUCCUUGCUGGUUGCUUUGUUUUUGAUUCCCCAAACUGCUGUCACCAGAAUGCUCUGUCUCCUUGUUUGCUUUUUGAUUUUUGCUUUGGGUUUGGGUUUUAACUGUUCUGCCCAGUAAACUGUGUCUGUUUAUUGGGCACAGUAAACUCUGUGGUAAACUCCCACAGGAAGAGUAAGAAUUCCCUCACUGACCAUCGUUUUCUCCCACCCAGAAGCUGUGAGCACCCCACUGUUGUGAGCAGUGGAUGUGAAGGUCAGUGAGAUCAAAGCUUUGCUCUGGAGUUGUGAUGCACCCUCUGUCUCUAUCCACUGUUUCUAGAAAUGUGUGAGUGAGUUGACCAAGCACCUUCUCCCCUCACUUAGGUUUAUCUGUCUUCUGCACUUGAGAUCCACUGUGUUCUGAGCAGGAUGGGGCAGGUUACAUAUUUUAGUCAGGCUGUAGUUUGGGCAUUAGCCAUUGCUUUUUUUUCCAGGGACUUGCUCUUGGCCAAGCCCCUCUUAUAUUUAAGUCAGCCCUUUAUCUUCACUUCCUCCUUUUAAAUUAGGCUGCAUAGCAGAGAGGGGCUCCUGUGGACUUGUUCUGGGUCAUGGGGUUGCCCUACUGCUCAGCAGUCUCAGUGCUCCUCCAAAGACUCUCCUUGUCCUGAAAGAGAUGCUGGAUUAGGAUUUACUUCUGAAGUGCUAGCAAAGUAGUUCUGUUGUGAUUUGGAAUUUGUGCUUCUGAGUGUACUCUAUUUAAAAAAGUAAGUUUCUUGUUUAAUCAUUAAUAAUCCAGGAUUGUUGAACGUCCUGCCUUUUUUUUUUUGUUAACAGUAAGAGGCCUGCUUUAAUUGAAGGCUCUAAUACAGAUUAAGGCCUUAGGCAAAUGGGAAUCCUCCCAUCUCUCAGUGAAUUUAUGAGUGCUGGGAGAACCAUUUAGAUAAUCAAAAUUAGUGUUUCAUUAAGGCAUGUGCAGUUGGUCACAGUAGGAUAAAUGCUCAAAACCCAAACCCUGGAACUUUUGAGACCUAUCAGGUCAUUUUUCUUUCCCAAAAUAGCCUGUAGUCUCGAUAGCAGAUUCUGAAAAUCUUUACCUGAAUAGACCUGGUGGGGCUACUGAUGUGAAUAAAAGGUUGAAAGAGGAAGACCUACAGAAGCAAUCCACAAACAAAAGCUAGCGAGGGUGUAUUAUAGCAUACAGAAUCAGUGAGAUUAAUUUCUCCUUUACUGACAGUAAAGAUUAAAGCCAGCAGGUAUUCUGUGCAGCGCCAAAGUGGUGACCUAGAUGGAGACAGCCUCCACCUGGAGGAGUUGAAAUAAAUACUAAGGAGUGAAAAGUAGCAAGAUGUGGUUUGCUUUGUUUGCAAUUGCUUCCUUGAAAAUCAAGUAACCCUAGCAGUACUGCCCUAUUCACAUGUGAGGCAAACCAACCAUACAAAAGGUGGAUGAAGAAAAACCAUUCCAUGUACUUUCUGUCCAAGGUGAUAAAAUUUUAAUGGAUAAAAAGGGUCGGGGGUUUUGCUUAAUGAGGAAUUCUAGUGUAUAUCCAAAAGGGGUUUUGGCUCAGUAGCCCGAAUUUCACUAUGAGCAUUUAGUCAGCCAGGCUUCUAAUUCAGAUCUGUUGUGUUCCAGGGAAUGUUUUCAUCUCUGAAAGUGAGAGUUUCGAGACUUAAGAAGUCAAAAUGCUGUUUCACACUAUGAUUGAUUGGUGUGUGUAAAUUAGCUUAAGGUAUUAAUAUAAAAAGUAGGUAGCUGCAUCUAAUGACUUUUUUGGAGUAAUCUGAACCAUCUGCCUCUAGAUAUUAAGGAGUUCACUCUUUAAUCCAGAUUAUGGCUGACAAACUGGUUUUGGCAUUCACGUUUCACUAGCAUUGUGCCCUUGAAGAGCUGAUGGGGCUGUAGAAACUCUCUUGCUUAUAGUUGCUGGUUUUGAGAACGUGUUUGGUUUGGUUUGGCUUUGUUGUAGUUGUUUGCUUAUAGCUCCUUUUUCCUUGAAGAUGGCUUUUCUAAUGAAAAGUAUGUUGAGCAACCAGGUAAAGAAUUUGGGACUUGGAGGUGGAGGGGAAGAAAGCAAAGAAGAAAGCACUCCUUCUGAUCCAGCAGCAGCUGCAGGAAUGACCAGAGAGGAGUAUGAGGAAUAUCAAAAGCAAAUGGUUGAGGAGAAGAUGGAAAGAGAUGCAGCAUUUGCACAGAAAAAAGCAGAGCGAGCCUGUCUGAGGGUUCACCUGAGAGAGAAGUACAGACUCCCAAAGAGUGAAUUGGAUGAGAAUCAAAUACAGAUGGCUGGAGAUGACGUGGGUUUGCCAGAAGACCUUCAGAAGAUGGUGGCAGAAGAUCAAGUGGAGGAAGAGGACAAGGACUCUAUCCUGGGACAGCUGCAGAACAUCCAGAAUAUGGACAUGGAUGCGAUCAAGGAAAAAGCGCAAGCCACCUUCACUGAAAUCAAACAGGCAGCAGAGCAGAAAUGUUCUGUGAUGUAGAAGAGCCACCAAGGUCCAAGGGUUAUGACUUCAGCCUUGUCUCAGAGGGGCUGGGCUGCAGAGUGAGGGCAGGCUGAGGAAUGCACUUAGCUCUAUAGCAUUAAAUGUAAAUACAGAAGAGAGAGAGAGAGACUUAAAACCCCGGGGGGGGGGGGGAUGACAUGCUGUGACUGCUCAGUGCGAAGUUAGAACUGAGCCUCACUUUUUAACAGAGCAUUUUUCCCCAUAGAAAAAAAAAAAGUAGCUUCAAGAAAGCUGACAGUGGGGAAAAAAUGUGCCUUCCUCCAUGUUUUCAAGGUGAUCAGAAUGCUGUUAAAUGUGUAUUGAGAAAAAACGUGCUUCUGGUGCACCAACAUACAGGCAGCCACUCAUUUAAUAGUGCUUUCAGCAAGAAAUCUGUCUCUUUCUAAUAAAACCAUGGACGUUUCAAA